UAAUGUUUUUGAAUACUGUCUUGACUUUUUAAAUGUAGUCAUUUUGGUGAUACUUUCACCAAAGUGUCUCCAAGUAGUUCAUAAUAACCUUCUAAAAGCUUAAUGGCUCAAUGUUCUAAAGAGGUAACAGCUGUGAUCUGCUUCAACAGUGUUUGUCCUCACCUCUCUAAUGGCUUUAUUGCAGGUAUUAUUAUGUGAGCUAUUGAGCGGCGCUGAAUGCAGCAUGGAGGGGGCCGGCGCCACCGUGCUCGUCACCGUCCAGAGGGUCUACUACCCUCUGCUCUGCGUCGUGGGCAUCCCAGCAAACCUCUUCACAUUCUACAUGAUCUGCUUCCGUAAGUGCGGGAUGUCAGACACGGCCAUCAUUUAUCUGAGCUGCCUGGCCAUCAUGGACACCUUCUACCUGGUGUGGGUGAUCCUUGUAGACCUGACCCUCACCUUCUGGCUGCUGCAGCCCUUCUGGAACUCCAAUCCCUGGUGUUCCAUCCUGGCAGUGCUGCAAUAUGGAUCCCUCUACAGCUCCUCCUGGAUCGUGGUGGUGUUCACCAUCGAGCGCUACCUUGUUGUUGGCACAGCGGCCAAGCAGCACUUCUCCCAGGCCCACGUCACUAAACUCACAUGUGUGGCGAUCGUCCUGGUGUCCCAUGUUGUGUCUGUGCCGCUGGGCUGGAUCAACAUUGUCUCACCUGUCAACAUUACUGUGGACGGACACAAUGUGACACUGCCCCGGUGUCGCUACCGCGACGAGGCCUACUCUACGUAUAUAGUGUGGAUAACUACCUUCCUCUCAGGGGGAAUCCCCAUCGUGUUGGUCAUCAUCUUUAACUACCUCAUCGGCUACCAUCUGUGCCGCGCCAGCAACCUCUUCACCAAGGAGGAGCGUCGUGUGAUGCGUGGGCGGAGCACCAGGGGCAUGUUGAGGAGGACCAUCCUGCUCCUGGGCACCGUCUCCGUCACCUUUGUCGUCCUCAGCCUGCCCCGCUUUGUCACAUACUGCAUCCUGAGGACCAAGUACAACAAUGAGAACUUCAACAGGAACGAUUACAACAUCCCCAUCAAUGUGGCCGGAGACCUGGCCAACAUGCUGCAGAACCUUAACUCCACCACCAACUUCCUGCUCUACUGCAUGGUGAGCCGCCGCUUCCGCCGGGAGCUGCUCCAAGUGGCCACCUGUAAGGUGAAGGCCCGUGAGCUGGGCUCUGUUCUCACCCACACCACCAUGAGGGUCUUCUCUGUGGCCAAUCAUAAGGCCUUGCGAUCCGCUGACCCUGUGACUGUGGUGCUGACCAAUCUCAAACUGACGGAGUAGAACCCAUCUGGAAGAUUGGACAAGAAUAAGACUUUCAAAAAUGUAAUCCAUUAAACAUUAAUG